AUGUGGCAAUCGAGUUACCCAACAAAUUGUCCUCCAGGUCCUCCUGGUCCGCCAGGAGCACCAGGAUUGAACGGUGAAGAUGGAGAACGUGGUAAAGAUGGAGUGCCCGGAGAAGACGGAAUCUCCAAAGGAGGCUCUCUUGGGGGUGGUGGAGCGUGCAUUACUUGCCCUCAAGGACCACCGGGACCUAUGGGAGAGGACGGCCCCCCUGGACCACCAGGUAUGGAUGGAAAACCUGGAGAAGAUGGAGAAGAAAGUGAGGCAUCUAUGCCUGGACCUCCUGGACCACCAGGAGAACCAGGAGCAGACGGCAAUCCAGGCCCUGCCGGACCUCCUGGCGAACCUGGUGCUCCAGGAAGAAGAGUACACAAUCUUCCCGGACCACAAGGGCCUCCGGGCCCUCCUGGAGAACCAGGUUCAGAUGGAGAACACAAAUUCGAACAGCCUCCGAACGCAGGGCCACCCGGUCCACCGGGCCCACCUGGAAGUAGGGGAAUGCCAGGAGAACCCGGGCUUCAGGGGCCACCAGGACUAGCCGGUGGACCAGGAAACGAUGCAGCUUAUUGUCCUUGUCCUGAUAGAACGCCACAUGGCGAGGGUGCGUCACCAAACGAAUACCCGAACGAAGGAGUAGGCGGAGACACCGCGGGAUCAAUCGGUCCAGGAAAAGCUAAAGGAAGCUUCAGUGACGAGAUCUCGGAGAGUGGACCUCCACCGGUAGGAGGCGGUUUAGACCAAAAAAUGGAAUCGAUGAAAAGGCCAAGUUCGGCUGUGGCACAGAAUCCGAUCUCUUCAGCUGAGCAAAGCGUCUCGGUGAGCGGGCCUCCAUCAGGUGGAAGCGCUCUAGGCCAAGAAUCGGAAUCGAUGGGAACGUCAAGUUCGGCUGUGGCAGAGAAUCCCUACGGAACGCGUUCAGCUGCAGUCCGUUUCACCACGGCUAAUGCAAAGGACAGAUCACGAGCUCACAGGAGCGGACCGAGGAGAAUGCAUCGAAUAAGGCGAAAUCAGAGAACAGCUCCCCGAAGGAGAUCAUGA